UCAGCAUCUCACGGCUGAUCAGCAUCCUCCAUAAGAGCCAUUUUGUGUUAAAGAAAGACUUUCUCUCUUGCUCUCUCAACACAUCCCCACCUCAAUUAACCCCUCCCUCUACUGGACUCAUUAUAGCCUGCAUCCUUUUUUCCUGACGCACCACUGCGUACCAGGCCCUGCAAAGCCAGACUCUCUGUGUCUGAUGGUCUGGCCAGGGGGGGCUCCACCUGCAUUGAUGUUGCUGCCGAACUAGGGAGAGGCUGGGAGCCUACAGGAAAAAAAUAAGACUUGGGAAAGGAAGAGGACAGUGUAUCCAAUAAGCAGACUUGAUGGAAUAACCUACUGCUGUCUAGAAAAGGACAUUGCUAUCAGGAAUCGGGUGUCCUCUGAUUCCUGGCUGGGCUUCGUCCAAUCAAAUCCUGUUUAAUAGCAAAGCACCAACACUCAAACAUAAUGGCAUGUGCUUCGGUGAAAGUAGCCGUGAGGGUCCGCCCUUUCAAUUCCAGAGAGAUUGGAAAAGAGAGCAAGUGUAUCAUCCAGAUGUCAGGCAACACCACCACAAUUGUAAACCCUAAGCAGCCAAAGGAAAACAAGAGCUUCAACUUUGACUAUUCUUAUUGGUCACACACAACUCCAGAAGAUGUUAACUAUGCAUGUCAGAGGCAGGUGUACAAAGACAUCGGGGAGGAAAUGCUUCUGCAUGCUUUCGAGGGGUAUAACGUCUGUAUCUUCGCCUAUGGGCAAACAGGAGCAGGAAAGUCUUACACCAUGAUGGGCAAGCAAGAGCAAGACCAAGAGGGCAUCAUUCCAUUGCUGUGUGAGGACCUGUUUACCAAGAUCAGUGACAAUAAUGACAAUAGCAUGGGAUACUCAGUUGAGGUCAGUUAUAUGGAGAUCUACUGUGAGCGAGUACGAGAUCUGCUGAACCCAAAGAAUAAAGGGAACCUGCGUGUCCGAGAACAUCCUCUGAUGGGGCCGUAUGUGGAGGACCUAUCUAAACUAGCUGUAACCUCCUACACUGACAUCCAGGACUUAAUGGACUCCGGCAACAAAGCCAGGACCGUGGCGGCCACCAACAUGAACGAGACAAGCAGCCGUUCUCAUGCAGUUUUUAACAUCAUCUUCACACAGAAACGGCAUGACAGCGAUUCAGAAAACACCUCUGAAAAGGUCAGCAAAAUCAGCCUCGUUGACUUGGCAGGAAGCGAGAGGGCCGAUUCUACUGGAGCAAAAGGGACUAGACUGAAGGAAGGAGCCAAUAUUAACAAAUCCUUAACAACACUGGGCAAAGUGAUCUCUGCUUUAGCUGAGAUGGACUCUGCACCAAAUAAGAACAAGAAGAAGAAGAAGGUUGAGAGCUUUAUUCCAUACAGAGAUUCAGUUCUGACAUGGCUGCUGAGAGAAAAUCUCGGAGGUAACUCACGCACUGCCAUGGUAGCAGCUCUAAGCCCUGCAGAUAUCAACUAUGAUGAAACCCUCAGCACUCUCAGAUAUGCUGAUCGUGCCAAGCAGAUCCGAUGCAAUGCGGUCAUCAACGAAGAUCCAAACAACCGCCUGGUACGUGAACUGAAAGAAGAAGUCGCUCGUCUGAAGGAUCUGCUUUAUGCUCAGGGUCUUGGAGACAUCAUUGAGACCUAUCGAGCACCAGAUCCUGGGAUAGCUGCUCUCAAAUUGACCAAUGCCAUGACAGGAAUGAGUCCCUCCCCCUCUCUCACUGCGAUGUCCAGCCGAGCUGCCUCCAUCAGCAGCCUGCACGACCGGAUCAUGUUCAGCCCGGGAAGUGAGGAAGCCAUUGAGAGGCUGAAGGAAACUGAGAAGAUAAUUGCAGAACUCAAUGAAACUUGGGAAGAGAAGCUUCGCCGCACGGAGGCUAUUAGGAUGGAAAGGGAAGCACUUUUGGCUGAAAUGGGUGUGGCGAUGAGGGAAGAUGGAGGAACAGUUGGAGUCUUUUCUCCAAAGAAGACGCCUCACCUGGUCAAUCUCAAUGAAGAUCCACUGAUGUCUGAGUGCUUAUUAUACUACAUUAAAGAUGGAAUCACCAAGGUCGGCCGUGAAGAUGCCAGCAGUCGGCAGGACAUCGUCCUGAGCGGUCACUUCAUUAAUGAUGAGCACUGUGUGUUCACAAGCAGCACAAAUGCCUCUGGAGAGGGAACAGUGGUCCUGGAGCCCUGUGAAGGGGCGGAGACUUACGUAAACGGAAAGAGAGUAACAGAGCCCACUGUUCUCAGAUCAGGUAACCGUAUCAUUAUGGGCAAGAGCCACGUUUUCCGGUUUAAUGAUCCAGAGCAAGCACGGCAAGAGAGGGAGCGAACCCCAUGUGCAGAAACACCUGUGGAGCCGGUAGACUGGGCCUUCGCCCAGAGAGAACUACUGGAGAAACAAGGCAUUGAUAUGAAGCAAGAGAUGGAGCAAAGGUUGCAGGAGCUUGAGGACCAGUACCGCAAGGAAAGAGAAGAAGUGAGCAAUCUUCUGGAACAGCAGAGACUGGACUAUGAGAGUAAGCUGGAAGCUCUUCAAAGGCAGGUUGACUCCAGAUAUUACCCAGAAACCACAGAGGAAGAAGAGGAACUAGAAGAGGAAGUGCCGUGGACCAAACAAGAGACAGAUCUGGCCCUCUGGGCUUUCCGUAAAUGGCGAUUUUACCAGUUCACCUCGCUCAGAGACCUGCUCUGGGGAAAUGCAAUUUUCCUAAAGGAGGCUAAUGCCAUUAGCGUGGAGCUGAAGAAAAAGGUUCAAUUUCAGUUUGUGCUGUUAACUGAUACACUGUACUCCCCGCUGCCCCCUGACCUCCUGCCCCCAAACAUAGCCAAAGACAGGGAGAAAAGGCUGUUCCCUCGCACCAUCGUGGCAGUAGAGGUUCAGGACCAGAAAAAUGGUGCCACACAUUACUGGACCCUAGAGAAACUCAGACAAAGACUGGAUUUGAUGAGAGAAAUGUAUGACCGAGCAGCCGAGGUGCCCAGUACUGCAGUUGAGGAAUGUGACCACAUGAUGUCUGGUGGGGACCCCUUCUACGACCGCUUUCCGUGGUUCCGUCUGGUUGGCCGCACUCCCAUUCUCAACACGUGCAUGAGCGAGCGCAUGAGCGACCCCACCCUCUCCCCCACCCUCUCUGAUCCCGACUCUGAUAUAACCGAGCUCGCCGAUGAGCGGCAUUAUGGGAAGGUCGAUGUGGAGGAGGAGGAGGAGGAGUUGGAGGACCUGGACGAUGAGACCUUUAUGGAGGACCUGGGUUCAGAGCUUGGGAGAGAGGAGGAGGAAGGUGUGAGGGAGCACUGCCCAGGUGCCAGCGAUGGCCAGGACCCCUUUUACGACCGCUGGCCUCUGUUCAGUUUAGUGGGCAGGGCAUUUGUCUAUCUGAGUAACCUGCUGUAUCCUGUGCCACUGGUGCACCGUGUGGCCAUUGUUAGCGAGAAGGGCGAGGUCAAGGGCUUCCUACGAGUGGCAGUUCAAGCUAUCUCUGCUGAUGAAGAGGCACCUGAUUAUGGUUCAGGUGUACGACAGUCAGGAACUGCCAAGAUCUCAUUUGAGGAUCAACAGUUUGAGAAGUUUCAGACAGAGUCAUGCAGUGCCGGGGUGUCUCACACAAGCACAUCUCAAGAAGAACUGCGUAUCGUGGAAGGAGAAGGACAAAACUCAGAGAUGGGACUCAGUGCUGAUGAGAUGAACAACAACACCUGUGCAGCCUCUCCCGAUGUUCCUAACAGUCCCCUGAAGGGUUGUCUGGAAUGUCCUCUAGAUGUGACUCAGGAAACAUCUUUACAGCACUUAAAGGUUGGCAGCAACUUCACCUUUAGAGUCACAGUUCUCCAGGCCUCCAGCAUCUCAGCUGAGUAUGCAGACAUCUUUUGCCAGUUCAACUUUAUUCACAGGCAUGAUGAGGCAUUUUCUACUGAACCCUUGAAGAACACAGGCAGAGGGCCUCCUCUGGGAUUUUACCACGUGCAGAAUAUAACCGUAGAGGUCACCAAGUCCUUUGUGGAAUACAUUAAAAGUCAGCCAAUUGUUUUUGAAGUAUUCGGGCACUAUCAAAAACAGCCCUUUCCUCCUCUAUGUAAAGACUUAAUCAGUUCUUUACGUCCUGCAAGAAGGCAGUUUCCCAGAGUUAUGCCUUUGUCAAAGCCAGUACCCGCCACUAAACUGAGCACCCUGACACGCUCCACCGCCGGCCCCUGUCACUCCAAAUAUGACCUUAUGGCAUUUUUUGAGAUCUGUGAGCUGGAAGCCAAUGGAGACUACAUCCCAGCUGUCGUUGAUCACAGAGGUGGAAUGCCCUGUCAUGGUACAUUCCUAUUGCACCAGGGGAUCCAAAGGAGAAUAACUGUUACUAUAGCCCAUGAAACUGGCAAUGACAUUGAGUGGAAGGAGGUUAAAGAGCUGGUCAUAGGACGCAUCCGUAACACACCCGAGGCGGACGAGACGAUCAUAGAUCCCAACAUCCUAUCCCUCAACAUCCUGUCAUCUGGAUACAUACGGCCAUCUUAUGAUGACAGGGUAUCACUGGGAAUUGACCAUAGGACAUUUUACCGCUUUGAGGUGGCAUGGGACAGCUCCAUGCACAACUCUCUGCUGCUGAACCGCGUCACUCCCUAUGGAGAGAAAAUAUACAUCACUUUGUCUGCCUACCUUGAGAUGGAGAAUUGCACCCAGCCCACAGUCAUAACCAAGGACUUCUGCAUGGUGUUCUACUCCAGAGAUGCUAAGCUUCCUGCAUCACGUUCCAUUCGAAACCUCUUUAGCACUGGUGCAUUCAGGCCAUCUGAGAGUAACCGCGUGACCGGAGUGUACGAAUUAAGCCUUUGCCAUUUGGCAGACAUUGGAAGUCCCGGUAUGCAGAGGAGGCGCAGACGGGUGCUGGACACCUCAGUGGCGUAUGUGCGUGGAGAGGAGAACCUCGCGGGUUGGAGGCCUCGCAGCGAUAGUCUCAUCCUGGAUCACCAGUGGGAGCUGGAGAAACUGAGCCUGCUUCAAGAGGUGGAAAAGACCAGGCAUUACCUUCUGCUGAGAGAGAAGCUAGAAGCAUCUCUGUUUCUGGGACAUGACUCUUUUUGUAGUAAAGACUUGAUGGACUCACCUAAGGCCUCCAGCCCUAUGAUGAAUCCAGUUGUCAGUCUGGACAGUCCCAAUGAGAGGCAGAGGGAACUGGCUGCCAAGUGUGUGCGACUGCUCAUGCACACGUUCAACAGGCAGUAUAGCCAGGUGAGCAGCAGUCUCAGUGAGAGCAAGAGCACCAUGAUUAGUGUAGUAGAUGCCUUAUGGCUGUCAGAAAUGUCAGCAUCACUUUUAAGAGAGAGUUCUUCCUCUGCUCUGAGCACCCUGACGCCCUCCUCCACCUGUCCUUCAUUGGUGGAUGGUCACUUUGGCAGUCAAGACUUCAGAGGUGCUGAGGCUAACUCUGGAGCAUCAAGCCCGGACCUUGAUCCCUUCAGCCCUGUAGAGAGAAAGCCCAGGAGCUGCUCAUUCAUCCCAAACAUCCAGGAGAUUCGUGUCAGCCCUAUUGUGUCGAAGAAAGGCUAUCUGCAUUUUCUGGAGACACAUACCAGCGGCUGGGUGAAGCGUUACAUUGUGGUGCGACGGCCAUAUGUGUACCUGUACCGCAGUGAGAGAGACAGUGUGGAGAGAGCAGUGAUUAACCUCUCAUCUGCCCAAGUUGAGUACAGUGAAGAUCAGCAGACCUUGCUGAGGGCUCCUAACACAUUUGCUGUGUGCACCGAGCACCGCAGCAUUCUCCUCCAGGCCAGCAAUGACAAAGAGAUGCAUGACUGGCUGUAUGCAUUUAACCCACUGCUGGCAGGAACCAUCAGGUCUAAGCUUUCCAGAAGAAAAUCGCAGCUGAGAAUGUGACCAUUUUUUCCCCUCCAGCUUACAACAUAAACAGAUAGCUAACAGGGCCUUGUGAUGUAAUUAGGUCAUGUGAUCAUGAGUGUCUUAUCCCUACCUUAUCUCAGCUGCCUGCCUACCCUAGCACUCCCCGUUGGUCUUUCCAUGCCAACCAUAGACUGUGGGACUGGCUUCACAAACUGUGUUCAUGUGUGUUUGUCAGGCCCUAUUUACAGUAGUCGGUUACAAAUGUAAAUUGAAGUAUAUUGAAAUAUUCACCACCUCCCUUCUAACAUUGCUCAAAACUAGAAUGGUAAAAUAACAUUUUAGUCAUGGCCCCACUCCUGUAGUGUAAUAGCAUAACUUCAUUUGUAAAUGCGACACAAUGCUCUGUUUGUGUAUUUGCUUCUGCAGAGUAGAUGUCAAGCGCUUUUGCCUGGGCUGCAGUAGAUGCCUCUUGGUUUUGUUAACUCUGCCAUCGUGCUUUUUAAAGGGAUGCAAAGCUUAUAACUUUUACGUUUUAGACGAUUGCUAAAGACAGAAUUGCAGGGUAAAGCAACUUAACUUGGUAGCUGUCUGCUACUGUAAAUCAACCAGAAUCGACCUUACAGAAGUUUAUUUUUGUGUUCUUUUAUUUUAUUUUAUUUUAAUCUAUAAUGUCUUUUUUUACAUUACAUUACGUUAUGUUUACUUAUUUAUUAAAGGAAUAUUCAAUUUUCUUAAAAGAAAAA